GAACCUCGUCUGACUGGCAAUCGCUCCUCGCUCUCUCUUCAACGCAUCGGUAUCCUUCAACACCUACUCUGGUCGAUCUGACCAUUUCCUGUCAACGACAUUUCUGAAUUGGUCCUGCAGCCGAGGUCUCUCAUGCAUCUGAAGCUAGAAUAAGGUAGCUUGACAAAGACCCAUCUCUUGAAGCCACCCAUCCCCCCGCCAGUCCAAUGCUAUUCCAGCAGUCUUGCAGGAGGUUAGCGACGGCGAGACCAGCAAUCAUGCCCCUCCGAGCGAAGAUUCUUAAUCCCGCCAUGCAGCAGGGUGCUUUGCGAUCACUCACAUCUGGCUCCGAGAUCAAGGAACUACCGGGCGAUGAACCCGAUGAUGUGCUCUUCAGCAGUCAAGGUGCUGUGCGAAGCAUCAUCCUCAAUCGACCGAAGAAGCUCAACUCGCUCAAUGGCAGCAUGGCACGGAAGAUUAUCCCGCGUCUGAAGGAAUGGAGUAAGAGCGAGCUGGCCAGUAUCGUGACAAUCAAGGGCGAGGGUCGAGCAUUCUGUGCAGGGGGUGAUGUAGCAUGGCUUGCACAGAGGAACAAAACAGGCAGCGAGGGACAGCAAGAGAGCAAGGACUACUUCGCGCUGGAAUACCAGCUCGACCACCUCAUUGCGACCUACAGAAAGCCCUUCGUUGCAUUCAUCGAUGGCAUCACCAUGGGAGGCGGCGUCGGCCUCUCAUUACACGCCCCAUUCAGGAUAGCGACAGAGAACACAGUCUUCGCCAUGCCUGAGACCAACAUUGGCUUCUUUCCGGACGUGGGAGCUUCAUUUUUCUUGCCGCGGAUGGACGGUGAAUUGGGCAAGUACUGUGCUUUGACCUCGGAGCAGAUUAAGGGUCCCAAUGUCUUCUACGCGGGGAUUGCAACGCACUAUCUGCACUCAUCCUCUCUGCCCGAUCUCGAAGCACGUCUGGCCGAGCUGCAAUUCAAAGACUACGAUAAUCUCCAAACCCGAUACAAAAGCAUUAACUCUACAAUCGAGGAGUUUGCCACUGGUCUGCCACACGACCAACCCAUCUCCGGUCCAGUUGGAGGCAAUAGUCGAGUAGCUAUCGACUAUGUUUUCCAGCCUGCCAAUAACUUCGACAAAAUGCUCGAGGAUCUCGACAGUCUUACUCGUCUGGCUCCAGGCAGCAACGGCUAUCCGGAGGUCAAAGAGUGGGCCGAGAAAACCCAGAAAACAAUUCUGCAACGUUCGCCGACGUCUUUGAAGGUCUCGUUUGAGCAACUCAAUCGUGGCAAGGAGUGGUCAAUUGCACAAACUUUCCAGAAGGAACACGCAAUCGCCUCCCACUUCAUGGAACACGCUGAUUUCGUCGAGGGUGUCACAGCACUACUCGUUGACAAACCGAAACGAACACCAAAAUGGUCGCCAGAUGCUCUCGAAAAAGUAUCAGAGGCGGACGUGAAUGGCUUCUUCGACCGUGAGACAGAUUUCCAACUGCUAGAUGUGGAUGCAGGCAGCACUGGUAAGGAUUGGAAUGAGUAUCCGCAUACAUUCGGCCUACCCAGGGAGAUCGAGGUGCAAGACAAGGUGCAAGACACGGUGCAAGGCUACACCAAGGACCAGAUUCUCGAGCAUUUCCUCAAAAAAACAAAUGGCAAACAAGGUGUUAAGGAGAAGGUCAGCGAGAUCCUCGAUCGCAAGACGAUUUCGGACGAGACGGGCAUACUUUCUUGGAUCAGAUGAGUGUGAGUAAACAACAACGUUCAAAUUUUGUUCGUACGUUCUGGUGUCCAGAACGCGCUGUCGCUGUGCUGUGAUGUUUGCAUCGUGUGCAUAUACAUGUAUAUAUUAUGCCCUGACCCACCUCUCCUAACGCCUCGCUGAAAGGAGCGUAGACCAUAUUCAGUCUCGUACUCCUCAAGCACUACUUGAGUAUUUCAUCCCAGUCAGGAGUAAGCACAAAUUUGGCUCUGAUAAUGCCCAUGCCCAUUCCAAUCCCAUCCUCUUGCUGAUCGGGCGGCUUGUCACCUUCCUUAGGUUUAGUUUCAGGAACUGUCGCUAUCAGGACGUUUUGUAAGAACGUAGCUUCAGCGCCUAAUCCCAAUACCAUACUGGUGCCGCCCCAAUCAAGAGUAGUCUUGCCCGAUGCAUGCACUCGAAGCUUUCCGACUUGUCCAGAAGGUAGGCUCAAACCACUACUCGUGGACAACGCAGAUUUUGCAGUGGCAGCGGUAUUGGGAUCAGGAGCGUUAUCGUCAUCGACGUCCAUGGAGUCGCCAGCAUCUCCAGCUGGUCGUGCAGCUUCUGUUUCGUCCUUGAUCGAUAUCGCUUUGAGAUCGGGCAGAAUAGGUGGGAAUUGGAAGAGAUAGACGUGUUCCUCACGCAGGCGUUGCCGUUCUUGGGCCCUCUUCAGAUGACCGUUCUCUUCCCCCAUGACAGAAUCACCUUCUGCAUCAGGUUGUGGAGCGUCCUGAGGUACCAGUCUACCCAGCUCAUGUCGGAUGUUUUGCUUAUCAUCGUAGUGGCGCACCCACUCAUCCUUUUCAGCUUGAGUCUGGAAGUGCGGUUCGGGGGGUCUCUCGAUGUCAGACUCAUUGCCAUCAACAUCAGUAGCGUCCGCUGUAGCCUUAAUCCUCUCCUUGGCCUUUCUUUUACUCUCCGGGGACGACGGCAUAUCGUCCAGGGGACUUGUGAUGGCCACUCCAGACUGUAAAUCGCCUACUUCAGGUGCGCUAGGACGUGUCUGCUCCUCGUCUAAGGGUUCGCGCUUGACCUGUGGCUCUCCUUCUGUAUCAGAUGAGCUAUAUGUAGUGGGCCGCUUUGGUACUGCUGCUGUCCCUGUUACUUCCACGUCUCUGGCUCUUUGCUUGCCUCUUCUUUUGUCCGAUAUCGCAUCUGCAGCAUCGCUUGAGUCUGGCGAAUCUUCUGCUUGCAGGCCGACUGCGCGUUCCUUAUGCGGUACUCGUGACAGCCGAACUGGCACGAAUGGAUUCUCGAGCUCUGGCGGGUUGUCUCCAGUCAGAUCAAUCACUUGCAUUUGGUCAAUGUCCCUUUUGACGCCCUCAUUCUCGUCUUCAUCGCUGGAAAUAUAGAGUCCGUCCUCUGCGUUCAUCGGUGGUCGAACCCCUCCCAUUUCCACAUCACGGUCUCCCCCCUCUCUCUUGAUCCCCGAUCCACCAUA